GUUCCUCCUUGGUUUUUGGACUUGAAUCAGCUUCAAAAUGAAGGUCGCUUGUCUUAUUGCUGUUGUAUGUUUCGGAGUUAUUGCUGCUGUUGAUAAUAUCCAUGAUGACCACUCUGGCCAUGCUGCCCGACAAGGUAUUGCAUUCAAUGGUGAAAACUCAAAAGCUCUGAACAGACACGCUCAUUCCGGAAAAGAACAACUUUCCCACAAAGCAGGACACCAAAACAACCAAGUCCACAGUGGUUUCGGACAAAACCAAAAAGUUGCCAAAUCUAACAGAGGUUUCGCUCAUCAAGAUGAUGAUCAAAGCUCCGCUCUGUACGACACCCUCGCCAACCAAGCUGCCAACGAAGCCGUAAGAAACGCCAACUCUGUCUUCAAGGAUGGUCAGUUCAAACAAAACGAUGUCGCCAACAAAGCUGGAUUCAACCAAGCCAAUGCCCAAAAGAAAUCCUUCAACAGAGGUAAAGUCCUUAACGAUAACAUCUCUUAUGGUUUCGACAAGAAAUUCAACAAACACGUUGGAGAAAAGGGUGGAUUUGAAGAAGAACUUGGAACCAACAGCCACAAACUUGAUGAAUUCAGAGAAAGACAACGAGCUCUUAAUCUCCGAAGAGGCAACCACGCUUCUGCCCUUGACAGAGCCAAUGCCCAAAAAGCUGUCCGAGAAGGUAAAUUCAACAAAAAUGCUGCCCAAAAAGCCAUCCACAACAAUAAAUACGCCAACAAAGAUAACCGACUUGACCGAGCCCAAAAACGAGCUGAUCUCCAAGAUGUUGCCUAUGACAAGAAAGAUAAACGUUUCCGAGCCAACCAACGAGGUAAAGAUCAAUCCGUCAGAAAAUUCGAUGAUUUCAACGUUAAAGAUGCUCAAUUCAACCGAAAUGACGCUUCAGAUGCCCAUGGUAAAAAGGGAGAAAAUGCUCAACGAUUCUACCAAGAUGGUAAACACGGACGAAAUGGUGCUGGUAUUGCUGGACAUGGUGCCGGACAUAGUGGUGUCCAUGGUGGUAAAGGAGGACGAAAUGGUGCUACCCUCGGACAGGUUGGUGCUAAUGGUGCCAAGAAAUCUGCUCUGUAUGGUGAAACCGCUAAACACAUCCAAAACGCCAACAACCACAACGCCAGAAAAGCUGGUAAACACGCUGCUGCCCUUAAUGAUUACCAACGAGCCAAGGAUCUUUAUGAUGUUGACCAAAUCAAGAGCUUGAGAGAUAGUCGAAGAGGUAACUUGAAAAACGCCGUCCACAACUCUGCCAAUGGUGGAUUUAACAACAAGAACGCCGCUGCUGCUAAGAGUGCUUCCGCCAGCAACCGACAAUUCGCUGAUGCUGCUGCACGAAAACAUGCCAGCCAAGCCAAGAAAGAUUUAGAUGAAGCUAAAUUCGACAAAGAAAACUCCAAAAGAAUCCUUAGCGACAGACACCAGAACCAACGAAAACUCAAAAGAUUCUUCCACGACAAACAAGAAGGUGGUAACAACUUUGAAAGACUCAAGUUCAACAGAAAACGAAUUGAAAGCGACUUCGGUAACCAACAAGCCGCCGCUGCCCAAAGUGCCAAGAAAUUCAACGUUGCUCACAACCAAAACGCUUUCACUGCUGAUCGACGAAAGGAUGAAAACGUACACGCCCGACAAGCUAAAGGACAGAAACAUAAGAGAAACAAGGCUGCUUCUAUCAACGGACACCACAAGAAAAAUACUGGCAAGGUCGCUCAAUCUGCUAAUGCUGCCCAAGGAUAUAAACAAAACGCCGCCCAGAAAAACUACCACGAUAACAACGUCGCCCAGAUUCAAGGACGACAAGGAGUUCAAGAAAAUGUCGGACAAGGAAACCACGGACGUGGAAUCCAACAUAUCGGAGGUACCCACGGUAAUGGUGGAUUCUCCAACUUCGGAAACAACUUCCACUCUUUCGGUAACAACGGAUUCGGUAUCUCCCCAGUUAAAAGUGGACGAGUCGGAUACAAAUCCAACAAUUCUGGUUUCGGAGGAUUCGGUUUCCAGAACAAACCAAGAGGCAAUGUUGGAGGUUUCGCUCCCUUCCGAUUUUCUUUCUCUAACUUCAGAAAGUAAAUUUUGGCAAUUAUUACUAACGUUAGGGGUCUCAUAUGCUUAUAUUUGUAUAACUUUGUCGCUACCAGUUCAACUCGACUUUACAAUUGUAUAUUUCGGCUUGUUUCGAUAACUGUACUUCAAUUACUUUACCUGAACUUUUCAAGCAUCAAGUAUAUAUUUCUAAAUUUGAUACGCCAACAUAGUAAUUAUUCUAAAUUUUACAAUUCCAUUGUACUUUGAGAUAUAGUUAUCAUGAUCAAAUUUGCUGAACAAUUAAAAUUAAUUUAAUUAAUUAAAAGCAAAAGGGCAAUUUUCAAAAACUUGUUUCUAAUUUAUAUAAAUUAUUCAGGAAAAUUUAGGAAAAUUUUAGAAUUUUAAGAAACUGAAACACAUUCCAAAAUUUUGAAGUUCUCAGUCCGAAAGUGCAAAAUUUUGAAAAGAAUUUGGCUUCUAUCCGUUUAUUUUGAAAAUUACAAGCUCAAUUUUAAAACCUUUAAUAUUUUGAAAACCAGUUUUUGAGUAUUUGUCACAAUAGGGUCGCAAUUUAUGCAGAAAAAAAAAUUCUCUUCUUUAUGAUCAAAAAUAAUCACAACUGCGUUGAGUAGGAUUUUUUUCGAUCUCUGGCUGCCAACUGGUUUGAUACAAACAGAACUUAUGUACACAGCCGACGCAUAUGGUCAAAUAUCCAAUUUUUCACAAUUCUAGCUGCUAAAAGCCCAUCUGGAACGAAUGAUUUGCACAACCUACAAUUUUCAAAGCUAUUUGAUGAUUUAUCUUAUAACCAUUUUAUUUAUAUACUGUACUUAUUUUAUUGAAUUAAUAAAGGUGGAUUGUUUGAAAU